AUGGCCGCCCGUUAUGCGAGCGAGAGCGACGGGGAUGAUGACUUCCACUCGCUGUCGCUGCACCCUUCGGACCAUGGCGACGACGAUACCGACGCCGAUAUCGACGAGGACAGCGACCCAGCCAUGGCCCCGCCUAUCCACCCCAUUCCCUCUUUCCAAGGGGCAUUUGAAGAGUCCAUAGUCGAGUCGACAGACGACGACCCAUCUUCCAACCCUUCCCUUCCACAGGACGCAGAGAUGAGACGUCGUAAAUUGCUCGAAGCACAACGUUACGAGGACUUCCGCAAGACCCGCUGGAGACAGAAGCCCGACGCCAAGCAUCAUCCUUUCCUCAAAUUGAUGGCUCAAAUUGUGUUUGGGAUGCACCUGCUACAACAAGAACAGGCCAAGUCCAAUGAGGAAGUCGUACGGAUACUGCAGAAUCAUGUAAAUGAGGUCGACUCAUUUCUGGAGCGAACGUCCGAGGACUUCGAUUUGGCGAUUAAAGAUAUCGAAGAACGCAUUCGAUAUUUGAAGUUGCCCAUGCAGCAUAUGGAAGUGUUUGCCGUCAUGCUGGACGACAAGAAGUUUCGCAACGACUUGCUCAAUGGAAACGAAAAGAUUGAGAAGAUCAUUGGCAGGACAGCAAAAGCAAUGAAUGAUGCUGUGUUUGACAUUACGAGUGGCAUUGAGUCGACGAAGGAGCUGGGGGUCUAUUUGACCAACGUUGAAAACACAUGGCCGUUGAACAACAUCGAAAUCGCCGACGUCUUCGGGGCAAUGCGUGGGAACGAACAGGGAUGGCUGAAGUAUCUCAACGAUCUGUUGACUAAGAGCAAGAACCUCAACAACGAUCUUGUGACCUUGGGAAACGUUAUCGGAGAGAUCAAUAAACUUGCUGGAGCAGCGAGUAGGAGAAACAAGCCGCAGAGUAGAAAUGACUCGCCGGCGACCCAACAAUCCGGAGGCUGCUCCCCCGGGGUGAGGUCCAAGUUCGCAAAGGAAACUAUCGCCUACCGAAAGCCUGGGCCAUGGUUGGACAAGCCUCUACCUCAAGAGCCCGAUACGAAUGGAGGAGCUGUCAACGUGACCAUGUCGAAGCCACAUCCAGUGCCGUUUGACACCAGAUAUGAGCAACCUCGUCGUACUGCGCCUGUGCCUCGUUCUCGAAGCUCUUCAAACACGAAUCGAUCUCCACCACGAUCUCGACCAAGGACUGCCGUCCAGUCUGCUGGACCUAGGAAUGCCAGAGGAUCAUCGAAGGAUAAUAUCCGAGAACUUGCAGAUUUCUUGCGACAUUCUGGACCACUACGAAGUAACCCACCAGAAGUCGUUUCUAACAAGAAGCCAGGUCGGUCUCAGAGCCAGAGUGCCAGUGAGAUGAUGAAAGUCAGCGCACCAAGAGGUUCUCAAGAGGUCAGACGAUCGAGAAGUCAGGGGAAUAUUGCCAUCGCCAAGGAGCCGACCAAAAGUAUACCACGAAAGCCUGUCGGCUCUGGCAGCCCUCAGACCCAAAUCAAACUCGUGCCUCAGGCAGGCACGCAGAAGACAGAAGUUCCAUCAAUCACUAACGGCUUCUCUCGCCGCCUCUCCAGAAAAAUACGGAACCUACCAACACCUAUCAGACAUACGCCGAAACCCGAAACCAUCUCUCGUCCCAUCGACUCAGCAUACUCCUCAACACCCGAAAAGGACCGAAAACGAAGCACAUCAUCACCCACCUACUUCACCACCGACACGGACAAAGAUCUUCCCCCCGAGCCAGAAAAGGAUGACACCGCUGCAGGUCACGGCACUCCGCCUGGUUCUCGACUAGGCCUAUUUCCCAAAGAUACUGGACCGUUGACACCCUCCCAAGCUAGCUUUCGCAGCAAGGACAACACGCCCAACUCGAAAGGCUGGGAGACGUCGACGGACAACUCACCCAAGACGCACUCUUCCAAGGCUUCGCGGACGCUGAGCAUCAGACGCUUCUUCUCACAUCGAAAGACCGAGAGCCAGAGUGUAGCUGUCUGA